CUUGACCUCCACGAAUCGCCGUCAUUGAUUCCGGCUCCGUUCUCCGCACACUAAGCUGUGGCGUUGAUUGGUUCCAGUUCCCUUCUGCCCUCAAUUGCCGUCAUACACCGGGCGACUCCCACCAUCCAUCAUCAUCACCAUCAUCAAUCCAUCUCAGCUCAAUAAUCCCUUUCAACUCUCAGCUCCACACAACCACACCUUCAUCCGUGUAACCAUCAAUCAGCACAAGAAUCACACAUCCAAAAUGUCCAGCCCAGACGGAGCAACAACAUCCCCACCGGCCGAAGUAAUGACAAUCGCCUCCCCCGUCAACCUCAUCCUUCUCACCCUCUUCAUCAUCCUGGUCUACGUGCAACUGCGUCCCAAGGCCCCCGUCGCCCUCCCCAAAGCGCCCCCACCCGUCGUCUUCCGCACCUUCACCCCGACCACGCUCCUCCCCUACAACGGCACCGCCGACCAACCCGUCUACCUCGCCGUGCGCGGCCGCGUCUUCGACGUCACCCCGGGCCGCAACUUCUAUGGACCGGGCGGACCCUACGAGAACUUCGCCGGUCGGGACGCGUCCCGCGGCUUGGCGUGCCAGAGCUUCGAUGAGGAGAUGUUGACCAAGGACCUGAAGGGUCCGUUGGAUACGUUGGAGGACCUGGACUCGGACCAGUUGGAGAAUCUGCAGUCGUGGGAGGAGCGGUUCUCGGAGAAGUACUUGGUCGUUGGGAAGUUGGUGGCGGAGGGGGAGGAGGGGGCUUAAGUCGAGUCAUCGGGGGUCUUGGAGGUGUAUGAAGUAUGGGUGGGUGAGGGGAAUGAAUACUUUAGAUAGGGCGGGGAUGGACAGAAGGCUUUCGGACUGUAGGGCUGGUUUGUUUGGGAUUGAGUUGAAAUGAUUGCGUGGAUUCAGGGUGCUGUGAAAAGGUAUUGACGGACAGGCAGUAGGUUGGAUGAAUUAUGAUAUUAUGGUGGUUCAAUUUGUCAUACUCCAAUUUUCUCCUACAGAACUCUGGGUGAACCUCGAAAACAAUGACUGUAUCAUAUCAGUACAGAAGCAGAAAUGUUGAGAAGAGGAAAUAAAGUAAAUUUCGAG